GACCACAAUGAGUGCGUUUCGUCUACGACCAUGCAGUCGCUUCCUGUCACUACCUUCGCGAGACUUAUCCGCUAUAAAUCUACGCCUUUCUGUACGGCAUAACUCUACGACAAACGUCACCGAAGCCGCAAAGCAAAAAUUAACAUGGCCAGAGUAUUUGGAGAUUCGAAGGAAUAAACGGAAGUGGGAAACGGCAAUCACUAUUCCAUGCUCGAUAAUAGGAUUUGUUGGCGGAGUCGCAUAUUUUGGCUCGUUCGAAGCGGAUGCAAGCAAACCUAUCAUGGGUAUAGACCCUCUCAUUUUCUACAGUGGAUGCACCGUAGCCUGUAUGGGAAUGGGUUACCUCGUCGGUCCAAUGAUCGGUGCAGCGGGUUGGAGAAUGACUCAUCGCCGUGCUAUGAAUCUGAUUGAAGCUAAGGACCGAGAGUUUCACAAACGCAUAGUGAAGAACCGCGUUGAUCCCACUGCUCAGAGUGCUACGAAUCCCGUACCUGACUUUUAUGGCGAGAAGAUUGGCUCUUUGCAUCAAUAUAAACAGUGGUUGAGGGAUCAGGCCAAGUUCAGACGGAAGGCUCGCCUACCUGAAGAGUAAUCGCUUGACAUUGUAUCGUCUACAUAUCUAGUAAAAUAAUGCUCAUAUCUUCUCCUUUGACCU